UGACUUUGACAUUUGAGUUAAGAUAAAGCGAAACGAGCAAAACACUCGAAAAUAUUGCAAGCGGUUUACACAUGGCAGAUGUUUAUCUUGUUUGUUUAUAAUUGUUUAAUAUCAACGGUCAUUUUAUUUUCAAUAUGAUCUAUCGUGAUUUCGAAAAACUCUGUUGUAUAUAUUUAUAGUCAAGUACCCUACUGAAAAGCUGUACUUCAUUGUAAAAGACUAGGGAUAGUAUUUAUUGUUAUUUGUUUAAAUAUACUUUGUAUACUAAAUGUCCGAUAUAACGUCAGAUGAAGCUGAGGUUCGAGAACCCCCAACCCGCGUUUCAAGACCUACCUUAGCUCAGGUGAGAAGGGUCAUAUCCUUCAUGGUGAAACAUCCUGACUUGGCCCAUAGGAAGUUAAGAGUUGGCUUAGGACCUGCUAAGUUUAAAAAGCUAUGGACUGAACUAUCAGAUAUUGUAAACUCAAUGGAAGGAGCUCGUAAAACUACAAAAGGCUGGAUUAAGUUUUGGUCAGAUAAAAGGCGAAGUAUUAUAAUUAAACAAAAGCAAAUUGAACAAGGAAAACUGAGGGGCAAGCUAUCACCUCUUGAGCAAGAGAUCUUGGAUAUGUGUGAAGAGCAGAAUCUUGCACCUAAAAAAAAGAAAGUCAAGGAGGAACCCUGUAAUGGCGAUGACGAUAUCGCCGAAUUGUAUGGAGACUCAGAAGCAAAGGAAGACGAAUAUCAAGUGGAAUGCAGUAAACUUUACCCCUCAGAAGCUGAGGAGCGCCAAUUGAAUAUGAUGGAUAAAUUGGUGCAAGUAAUGGGUCAGCAGUCCGCAGCCCUGACGCAAAUGGCUGAAGCGUCACUCAGUCAAUCAAAAGCCCUUGAACGAGUAGCAGAAGCCUCUCAUGUACAAGCUAUAGCAAUAGACAGAUUGGCUGGCACUUUUGAAAAUAUCAGUGCGUCAGUACACGACAUCAGAAAUGCAAUUAUUGGAAUCGAUUACACCAUGAAACGGUGCUACCCGGUGAAUGGAACUUCACUUCGAGAAAACUCCAAUAUAUUUAGUUAAUGACAGCCGCCUAUCUUUUAUAAUUAUUUAUAGUGAGAAAUUAUUACAUGCCAUUUUAAACCUUAAAUUCAAGAAGGUUAAAUUUAUCUUGACUUGAGCACCCCUUUAAGUAAUAUUAUUUCAGAUGUAGACAAAGACACCACUAUACGAUGUCACGCUUCCACAACAGCAAUAUUAUUACUUAAUCGUGGCGGUAAGCCUCCCGUAUAGUAUACAUAGUAAUGUAUAUUGUAUGUGACCUUGAAUUCAUUUAAGAUCACGACGUGUAUUUUAUCAAUAAGACACAACUUUUAUACAAAGA